UACUUUCUUCCUGCGAAAGGACUUUUCUCAGUGCGCUCCGCCCCUGUGUGCUUGUUCCUUGGCAACGCAAAAGACGCUGUCUACGUAUGGAAUUGUUAGUUUAUUCAGCAUUGCCCUGGAAACAGCAGAGCAGAGAGGCGCUAUUGCCAUAGACUGAUAUACACAGACACAAACAGGGCCAUGGAGGAUCUGCUGGAUAAUGUACUAGGAGUGAGGGUGUCUCCAUCUUUGCUUCACUUUAUGGACACCCUUGUGGGGAAGAGUUAUAAAGCCAGUCUUGUUGUACAGAACAUCAGCCCUCAGACUAAAACCAUCAGAAUUCAAGGUCCUGAAGAUCCACAGUUCACCUUUACUGUUCAGAAUCCAGAUAAACCUAUUGCAUGUGGGCUUCAAAUAACAGCGACUGUCGAAUAUCGACCAUCAAAAAAAGAAGACAUCCGUGACAGACUAUUGGUAUUUGUUGAUCAAGAUGUCAUAAAUAUUCCAUUGCUGGGAUUUACACCAUCCUGCUAUUUAGAAGUUGAUUCUGAAGUGAAUUUUGGAAACAUAGUUGCGAACAGUAAAGUGAUAUAUAAAGAGAUUGCCAUUACAAAUCAUGGUUCUUCUCCAGGUACCUUCAGAAUAAAGUACACUGGACAUCUGCCAAUCACUCUUGACCCAAGCAGUGGAACAGUGGAACCUAAAACCAAGCAGCUAAUUCAAGUGGAAAUUUGCACUGAUAAACCUACUUUAUUUGAAGAAGUUGCAAAGGUUAAACUGCAGGGUAGUGAUGAAGUACUUGUGAAAAUAAAAGGAAAUAUUGUCUAUCAAGUGUUGAGGCUACUUGAUGUAUCUGGCAAAUCAUUAGAUUGCCUUCAUUUUGGAUCACUCUAUUUUGGGACAUCAGCAGCUCGUCAAGCAGUAAUUUACAAUGACAGCCCUGAGACAAUGCACUGGGUAUCAGUCCUGGAUGACAGUGCCCUUGGAGUUGAAAUGGGCACAGAUUUUGAGCAAAGCACUGAUGCUGCUUUGCAAAAGCUGGACUACAGAAGAAAAUCAGAAAAUACAGAAGCCGCAAGAAUGAUUUCAUGUUUACCCAAUCAAGGAGUGUUGCUUCCUUUUCAAAAAACCAAUGUCACAAUAUGUUUCUCCCCAAAACAGAUCAAUGAAGACCUCUUGUAUGACAAGUUUCCACCACAACAGGACUAUGCUUUGUUUAUAAGGUUUGAACCCAUUGGAAGUAAAGACGGAUUUCUUCAAUCACUGUCUAAUCGUGAUGUUAAUAAUAUAGAAAAUAAGAAACAACAUGUUGAGCUAGCAGUAACAGGCUCUGGUGUGCCUGUUGCAUUAUCUUUCAACCCUGGAACAUUAUACAAUUUUAAAGAGUGCUUCAUUGGAGAACAGAUCGAUGUUCUCUGCUCAUUACAAAAUGAAUCUCAGUGUCUUCCUGUGGUGUUUAGUUUCUGCAAGAUUUCACAUUUCCAUAUAUCUCCAGCUAAAGGAAAGAUAGAACCAGGACAUUCUCAGGAUGUGAUGCUUACAUUUUCUCCACACCAAGUGGGAACCUUCAAAUUGAAACAAGUAGUAGAUGUUUUGGGUCCCACUACAGAAGAUUAUUUACCACCUAUAAAAACUAAAGUCUUUCAUCAAAAAACACUUACUUUUAUGGCAGUCUGCAGUCCUGUAACUAAGAAAAUAGUGAUGAAAAUAAACCCAGGUAUUACCCCAAAGAUUUCUAAUGCCACUGGACAGUUUCUGGCUGCAUCUAAAGAGACAGCAAUGUAUACUGGAAAUACAUCUGUGGCUGCUUUGAAUUCAAGUAAAACACACAUACACAAUCAUCAGAAGAAAGAUGACAACGAGGAACUGGUAGCAUUUCCUAAUGAUCGAGCUGCAAGCAUACGGCCUAGUGACAGUUCAAAAAAGUACAGGACAAUUUUUACUAAAGUUGAAAGAUACAAUUAUGUUGAUCCAGAUUAUGCUUACACAGAUGAGGAAGAAAAGUUAAGGAAAUCUCACAAGGACUACUAUGUUAAUUAUAUACAAUGCAUAAGAGAGGAACGUUUGAAAAAAGAAAAGGAAAGGGAAUUUGAAGAUGUGAAUAAUCCUAUAGAUAUUGGCAUUACACCAGCAGCGGGAUUAGUAUCUCCAAGUCCGUCAAUUGUUGAGCGCUUUAAUGAACCGCAAAAGCCGAAAACACAUUCUUCACUUAAUGGGCGUAUUUUGACCACUCGCCAAUUAGCUGCUGGAGAAUCUAGAUCCUUAUCAAGAGAAACCAGUGAAGGCAUUAAUGCAACACCAUGCACUGCAACAGAGAAGGAAGACUGCAGCCUUACGCUCACUCCUCAGCAACUCCAUCAUGUAGUUGUUGGCCCUUCAACAAUAGAUUUUGGAGAGGUUUGUGUUCGUUCCACAUCUGUUAGGGAACUCCAAAUCAUUAACAGUUUGCACUCAUACAUAUGGGUUCAGCUACAAAUAGACUUUGAUGAGUUGCAACAAACUGGCCCCAUUUCUCACAUUGUUCCACCUAUGUCAAAGACUGAGGUCCCAAUAGUAUUUGAGACCAAUACGUUUGGGAAAUUUAAAAAGUCAGUUACCUACACUGUGAAUGGAAAACACUCUGGGCAUAUUCUGAUAACUGCAAAAGCAGUUCCUGUUGCCCUUGAAUUGUCAUCGAAUGAAAUUGUUCUGACACCCAACUCAAACUUCUUAUCAGAAAAAGGAUUAAGAUCUUCAGUUAGAUUAUACAAUCGCAGGAAUCAUCCAGCUGAAUUUAACUGGAAGCCAAUCAUUACUGAAAAAGGAAUAGCGUUUUCUAUACGUCCUGCCAGAGGCACUGUUGAUGCAUAUAAAGACCUUGAAUGUGAAGUUGUGUGGCAUCCAGGAUUCGGCUCCCCUGACAUUGGUGAAUUUAAUCUGUGUGUGCUUCAUGGCAAUACACUAAAGUUAAAGUGUACUGCAGAGCUUGGAUCAACUAAUAUCCAAUUCACGGAACAAAGGGUACUUUUUGCUGAAGCUCCACUUGGACUGACUACUUACAAGACAGCCAUUCUUCAGAACACAGGGCUAAAUCAUGCAUACUUUCAGGUUGAAGAUGUAAAUCCGUUGCCUGGCAUGACUGUAACACCAUCUCAAGGUGUUGUACCCAUUGGUGGAUAUGCCACUCUCCAAAUCUUUUUUACCCCAGAAGCUGUAAUGAAGUUUGACACCAGACUUGAUGUGUCUGUGCGUAACACAAAGCCUUUGGAGUUGAGAAUUGGAGGAUUUGUAAUACCUCCACAAAUAGAGAUUUCUGUUAGCUCUUUCCUAUUUCCUGGGGUGUAUGCAAAUUCUACUCAGGUUAUACCGUUUGUGCUUCAGAAUAAAAGUGUUGCACAUGCAAAAGUGGAGUUUGACCUUAGCAAAUACCAAGACUUUUCUAUGACAUUUAAAGAUGGAUCAGCAGUUGAAAAUAAUCCAUUAUAUCCUCUUCUGUAUAUUGUGGAGUUAGAAGAGAAGGAAUCACUUGAAUGCUCUCUACAUUUUAAUCCCAAAGAAGUGGCAGCAUAUGACUUUGAGCUCCCUAUCAAUAUUAAUUUCACUGGAGACUUAAAUGCUGGUAGCUCUGUGCCUGUGACUCCUACCAGCUCUGAAAAGCAUCUUGUUACUCCCAGACCUCAAAUAGUAAAUGUGGUCACUCCAAAAUGUAGAAUAAAUGCAACUGUGUUGCUGCCACUGCUCAGUUUCUCUACCUUAAAACUAGAAUUUGACCUGUCAUCCGGAUUUUUGGACUUGGGCAUUGCAGAUGAUUCUCUUUGCUCUCAGGAGAUUGAACUAACCAAUAUCUCAAAGAAAAACGUGACAUGGAAGUUUAAUCUUGAUCGGGCUGAAAAAAAGAUAGAUGAUGGGAUUUUCAAGUUCAGCAAACAUUCAGGGACACUUGAACCAGGCCAGAAAAGCAGUAUCGCUGUCAACUUCUGCCCUUCUGUCCCAGGGGGUUAUUUUGCUGAGAUUCAAGUGAUCCUGAACAACAAUCCUGAUAGCCAUUAUACUCUUCUGCAUCUGCAUGGAAUUGUCAGAAAACCAAGGCUGUUGUUUAAUCCUCCAUUAGUGAUUCUUACUCCAGUCCCUUUGGAUACAGAGACACAAGCAAUUGUUGAUAUAACUGCAUUAGAUUUUUCAAGGAAAUCAAUGUUAAAAUGUGAAUGCCCACAAGUGGAACUGGACAGUGGUGAGCUGGCAAGGCCAUUCUCUAUAGAAUUCCCAAAUGGACAGACUGUUUCAAGUGCAGGGGACAGAAGUGAAAAGCUUAUUUGCCAAAUCAGUUUUAAAUCUUCCAGUCCAAUCUCUUGCUUGGUCAACCUAUUAUUUACUGAUGGAUACAAUAACCAGUUUCCGCUCCAAGUUUCAGCAGUAGCUGAGAACUGCAUCCUCACUGUAUAUCCUUACCUUGCCUACCAUCGCACAGAUCAGCAAGUUAUCUUGAGAAGUGCACACAAUGGUAAUGGAGAAAAGGGUUAUGGCACUGGAGAGGCAAUUUUGCGACCUUGCUACAUCCCAGAAACACCAUCUCAGAGCACAUCAUCCAGCUCCCUUGGAGCGGCUACCAGCUCAACAUAUGAAGAAUCAAUAUCAGAAGAUGAAAAUACAUUAUCUAAUGAAAGAUUGAUGAGUGGCGAAAGAGAGGGUGAAUAUGGAAAAAACAAGGAUGUGUUUGAAUUAUCACUUUAUCCUGAAGAAUACACUGAUGAAUGGCUAUUUUUCCAGAAUGUUUUGGCUGCAGUUAGAACGUGGUUCAGUAUUUUUGGAUGGCCAAGUGGAUGUAAUCCCAUCACAAUUCCCCAGUCUAUGUGGAGCAGUGUUUGCAAAGUGCACAUGAAAAAUUCUAAAGGAAAUGUAGCAAAAACCAUAAAUCUGGGCAAGCAGACAAAAACCAUUUAUGACAUGCUGUUAUACUUGAGUGGACAGAUGUUACCUGGAAUUACUGCAAGUCAGUCAUUGCCCUCUAAUCCUACAGAAAGAGUUCUACAGCUCCACUGGCAACAUGCUACAUUUCUUACUUUUCUCAGAAACCAAGGAGCCUCUCUUCCUUACAUCAAGCCAGAAUUCUUGUUUGAACCUCUUGAUUAUGAAAGGUGGCUGCAAGUGCAGGUUCAGAUUAAAGAAUUGCAAAACCUAAACAAGAAGAAUAUGGACAAACAGGCAGAAAUCAAAUUGCUUGAAAUAAAUAGUUCUACAUUUCAGUCUUUAAGCAAGCGUGUUUGGAUGGACAUAUUGCUCCAAAUAUACAAGGUAUUGAUUCUCUCUCGUGUCACACAAAAGAAAAGGGAUGAUGAUUAUGUUAGUGAGACUAUGCCAAAAAUUAAUUCAGAACCGUUGUCAAGCAAUAUAUACUCACCUUCAGAAAGAAUAUUACUUACCUGGCUCAACGUAAAUUAUGAGAAAAUGAGAAAAACAGUAUGGAAAGAUUGUCAAAAAGGUGAAAUUCCUCCAACAAGAUGGAUAAUAAACUUUGACAGGGACCUAUUAGAUGGUCUUGUAUUAGCUGCUCAGAUGGCAUCCUAUUGUCCAUUUUUAAUUUCUACUCAUUUCACAUCCAUGUACACAAACCCUGAAAGCCCAGAAGAGUGCUUACACAAUUGCCUUAUUCUUGUUAGUGCAUUCCGAUCAAUCAGCCUUGACAUAGAUGUGCAGGCCACUGACAUAUGUGACCCAAACCCAGUUAUGAUGCUGAUGUUGUGUGUCUAUCUGCAUGAAAAACUGCCACUUUAUUUGCCAAAGAAGACAGUGAUGUUCGAUGGGGCACUUCAUGAAGUUGUCUCCAAAGAAGUAUGCCUGAAAAAUCCAAGCAGCAAACCACUGGUGUAUAAUGCUACAAUUAUAGGUCGAGAGUCUGACAAUUUCUUUUUACCUAAAGGAAACACAAUCAUGAUUGCACCAAAGAACCAAGCAACGCUAACUCUUGAAUACAAAAGUCUGCACUUAGAUCCUGCGGAAGCAACUCUGUUUCUGGUUUCCAGUUCUGCUAAUGGCAUUAAUGGAACUACAUUGGCAUUUUCUCUUCAGCCACGUAUAACUGGUGCGGUGCCCUCUGGCCUGUAUAAGCAUGAAUCGCCAUUGUAUGAGCUGAAAAAGAUUGAUUUAGCCGUUCAUAUACCAAUUAAAACGCGUGGCAAAUUCAGGGUCAUUUUAGUAGAAUCUACAAGUCAUUUAUCUUUUCCUGAUAACCUGAAGGAAAUCAACCAUCUAAAAAAGGAAGAGGCUCACAGUUUACUAGAAAAUGCAUCUACAAAAGUGAUUGGUGAAACAUAUAAUGAAGAAAAGUUGAUUAAUCAAGUGUACCACCCCAGUUCAAUGUGCCAGUUCUUCUGCCCUGUGAACUCCAUUUUCCUAAAGGAAGGCAGCUCAACAUCAUUGCAAAUUUACUAUAUUCCAUUUGACCUUGGGAAGAGAUUCUGUACCAUAAUUUUCAGCAAUGAAAUGAUUGGAGAUUUCAUAUAUCAAAUAGAAGGGACAGGCAUUUAUCCUUUGCCGUCAGCUAUCACUGCUUUGAAUAGCCAGAAUAUUUUGCAGACUUCCACAUCCACUCCAGGUCACAAGAAUGCACAGAAGAGCAUGUUGUUUAAAUGCCACCCAGAUGAAAUUCUUGAAGAAAAUCUAAUCAUCCCAUUGGUUAACGAAGCAAGAGAAAGGGCUCUGGGUCUGGCAGCACAGAUGCAGAUGACUGACCUGGAGUAUAAACGUAGAAAGAUCACAGCAACUCUGCAGAGCAGCAGUGUGAGAGUAGCAGUGGUUACCCAAGGCAUGAGUAAGAUUCAGACCAAAUCAUUAUUCAGCUCUUCACCUUUCUCCAAAAAGCUUACAUCAAUUGACUAUGAUGUAGAAAUAAGCAUGCCAGAGUGCUUUACAGUCCCAAAGAACAUUUCUCUAUCAGUGACAGGAAAAAGUCGAGUUAAGGGCUCUCCAACGGGAGUAGUUGGAGAUAUCAUAGAUACAGAAAACAGAGGUUUGCUUCCACUACAGUUUAAACCCAGUGGACCUGGCCGUUAUCCAUGCCAGAUUUUGCUGAGAUCUUCUUAUGAUGCACGAGUAUACAUGAUUGAAUGUGUAGUCAACCCAGCCAGACCAGAAAGAGAACUGGAAUUUAUUACUCCUGCAUGUGAAGCAGUAAUUCAAGAUAUUCCUAUACAAAAUUCAAGUAAGCAAGACUGGAAAAUGAAAGUUGUAUUGGAAGGGGACUACUUUUAUGGGCCACCAUUCCUAUUUAUACCUGCAGGGGAAACAGCUCAGUACUCUCUGACGUUUAAGCCAAUUUCACAGUGUUUAAGUUUGGGUAGACUACUGCUUCAGAAUGAAACAGAUGGAACGGAACAUAUAUUUAGCCUUCGAGGCACUGGACAAGAAUCCCUUGCAUUAGACCAUAUCAUAAUAAAUUGCCAAGUAAGGCAAAUAGCACAGAAGGUACUUCUGGUACCUAAUUACACAAACAACAUAUUGACAUUCAACGUGGCAUCAGAUAUUUCUAUUAUUGGUGGAGCCCAAACCAUAACUGUUAAACCUGGCACAUCAGCUCCCUAUACAUUGAAUGUAUCUCCAUGGAAACGUGGUUCAUUCCAAGGAGUAAUUUCAUUUGUUGCGGACGAUGGAGAAGAACAACACUUUCAACAUGGCAUCUCAACAGGGUGUACAGAUGAUGAACGAUUUCUGGUAAUGGACACUGCCAAAACAGCAAAAAAAGCGCCAUAUAAAGUAUGGUUUUCAUUAGAAAUCAAGAGCAACCCUGCUCCUCCAGACAAAAGCAUAGAAGUCAGUUGUCCUGUUUUGGGAAAUGUUUGUAUAGAUAUUCCUAUGAGCAACCCAACAUCUGAGGUGCAACAUUUCCAUGUAUUGGUGGAUGGCUUUGGACUGAGUGGAGAGGCAGAUUUUACCCUGCAAGCAAGAGAAACAUUUCCUUAUAUGCUUACAUUUUCCCCAACAAGAACAGGAGUUUCUACAGGAAGUGUGAUUUUCCAGUCUGACAUAUUUGGUGAAUUUUGGUAUGGAUUACAGCUGUUAUCUGAGAGACCAUCUGCUACUACACUCCCUGAAGUGCACUGUGAACUUGGAAAGUGGGAACGAUUUUGUAUAUCAUUGAAAAAUACUACUCAGGAAAUAAUUGAAUUAAAAACUGUGAACAAUAACCCUGAGCAUUUCUUAGUAGAAGUGGAGCCCAAGAAACCACUAUUGUUGCCACCAAAUACUACUACUGAUGUAACUGUCCAGUUCUACCCAUCCGCCCUUGGCAAAGGGAACCAUAAAGGAUCCAUCAUAUUUAAAAACCCACAGAUAGAGGAAUGGAUAUUCCACAUGUCUGGGGUUGGUCUCAUACCCCAACCCAUGGAACCAGCGAGCAUAAGUGCUCGUGUUGGCAGCUUAUCCUCGAUCAUAAUUACCUUCAAAAACCCUACAGAUGAACAUGUUUUAAUAGAUGUGAUUCUAACAGAUCAAGAACAAACCAUGCAUCGUCUCAGUGCUUCUGUUCUGCGCCAUUCUAUCAAUACAGAACCAGCUUUUUGUCUGCCACUGAAGCAAACCCAAGGUAUCCCUUUAGCUCCUAAGGAAAAAUUGGAUAUUCCUGUAUUAUUUGCUCCUGACUCAAUGAAACUUUAUGAAGCCUUGGUUGUAAUACACAUGACAAAAGCCAAUGGAGAUUGCUGGGCACAAGAUAUAUCAGAUAAUAUAAACACUGAGUUGAAAAGUAUAACAAGGACAGAAAAGGGAGAGAUUUCUGGUAUACGAUGGAUUUACCCAGUUCAUGGAAUUCCAGAAGCACUGCCUUCAAAAUCAGCACCAGCUGUUGUAAUGUGUCCUGCAAGAAGUCGAACUGAAGAAAGGGUUGAAGUGUUGUUAACUGGGGCUGUUCCAGGUCCAACUAGAAUGCCAACAAGUCAUGGCAACAGACCCACAGAGAAGACUAACACACAGGAUGAAGUCCAAGUCACUAAUGGUUUAAGUACAACAGAAGAGUUUUUCUAUGAAAUUGGGUAUGAAUCAGACGAAGUGAAAUCCCAGCUGGAACCCUCUGUAGCUAUUGAACUUGUAAGGAAAGAACGCGAUGCAACUUCAGGGAUUGUUACUUUAUUUUUUAAUAUAAUUUUUGCACCGAAUAAGUCAAUGCGACACACUGUCACAUUAAUGGUACAGUGCGCCACAGGUGGAGUCUGGAAAUUCCCAAUUCAUUUGGUUGCCACUAAACCAACCGUGGAUGAUGUCAUUCAGAUUGAUGCUGUUGGACUAAACAAGGAAUCCAUUGUUGGCUUUAGACUUUCAAGUCAGACAAGGCACCCAGAGCCGUUCAAUGCAUACUUUGUGCCAGGUAGCGAUACAGCAUUUUCUGUGUUACCACAGGCAGGAGAGCUGCUCCCACUUGGCACUGCAGGCACCCUUAUCACUGUUGGAUUCAAACCUACCAUGUACAGCAAGAAACACAAAGCUACUCUAGUUGUGCAGACAUCUGCUAUGCAAUGGACUUAUGAAAUCAAGGGACUUACUCCAAAAUCAACGCCUCUAACAAAUAUCUCACCCAAAAUAUCUUCUAUGUGGGUCAAACAACCAACCACUGGACACCAGCGUAAUUUUAUACAGGAGAACCUAAAACUUACUGCUACAGCUGUAUCUUCUCCCAUCAAAGGAUCACCUCUGUUUUUAAAAACAAAAUAAAUACUAUCAAUCGGAUAACCA